CUCAAAUAUGUCGUUAAGCCAUACUUCCUCUGUUCGGAGCGCGCUUUACUUCCUACAUUGUUCAAUAAGUAGCUGAGAGCCACAGCGGAGUGCGCGUGCUUACAGACGGACCCGCUGCUCGCGCUGGGAUUAACUGGGAUUGAAGCAGAGUAUGUUCGGAGGUUGCUGAAGGAGAUUCGGUCGAUCUGAGUGCUCUAUCCUUCCAGCAUGCAGAGCAUCAAGUGUGUGGUUGUGGGAGACGGUGCAGUGGGGAAAACCUGCUUGCUCAUCUCUUACACCACUGGCGCCUUUCCCAAAGAGUACAUCCCCACCGUGUUCGACAACUACAGCUCUCAAGUGAGCGUUGAUGGCCGGACCAUCAGUCUUAACCUCUGGGACACGGCAGGACAAGAGGAAUAUGACCGUCUGCGCACACUCUCCUACCCUCAGACCAAUGUGUUUGUCAUCUGCUUCUCCAUCUCUAGCCCACCCUCUUACGAGAACAUCAAGCACAAGUGGCAUCCCGAGGUGACGCACCACUGCCCCAACGUUCCUAUCCUCCUUGUGGGUACCAAGAGUGACCUGCGCAAUGACCCUGAGGUGCAGAAGAAGCUGAAAGAUCAGAAUCAGGCUCCCAUAACCUUGCAGCAGGGCCAAGCGCUAGCCCGCCAAAUCCAUGCCGUCAAGUACAUGGAGUGUUCGGCGCUCAGCCAGGACGGCAUCAAGGACGUGUUUGCCGAGGCUGUUCGUGCUUUCCUCAACCCUCAACCCGCUUCACCCAAAAGACACUGUGUUCUUCUCUGAAAACCAAGACCUGAGAAAUAUGAUUAUAAGAAUUUGAUGUUAAUAUUAUGAUAAGAAAUCUAUAAAGAGAAUCAGUUUUUUGGAAAAGGAUUGCAGGAGGCGUCAGGGGGUCAGUUGGCUGGUGCUUGUUGUGUACAGGCUAUGACAAAUGUCUUAGAUACGUACAGUCAGACAAACACAGCAAAAAAACGAGCAUGUCAGUCAAGUGUCAAGGAAAUUCUAAAGCACAUACAAUUUUUUCCCCACCAUUCUUAAUCACAUAAUAGUAUGAGGUUACACGAUUGUGCAUUUUAUGACCUCAUGAAAGGUUUAUGCCUCAGUCAAAAGAAAUUUACACAGUUUUUCCUUCACCAUAAGUGUAGUAACAUGUCCUCUAAGUCUAUUCUCCCUAGGCAAGUCAUGACUGAAAAACUGGAUAACGAUUGAGAGUCUCUUUUAAGCUUAACAGUAGUGUAAUAAUGUAAGUUAUGAAUAGUUUAAAUAAUAAUCAUAAUGCCAAUUAGUUAUAUCUGUAAUUUAGCUGAGAAACAAAUGUGCAUUUGUAUCGUAAAUAAUGAUGAUUAGCUUAAAAAUUAGUAGAUGAAGCUAGUAAGGAAUAACACAGGACAAGGCUUGACAAGGGUUAAAUCAUUUCCCUAUAACAUCAAGUCUUCCUCUUAUACCAUAACACUUACUUUUUUUUAUUGAAAAGAGAUAUGUGAUACUUACUAUCUACUAUUUUUCUCUUUCUCUCAAGGCUAAUAAGACAAAAACAUUUGCUUGUCAUAUUACUGAGAACCUGGAAAGAGCCAACUCACCUCUGUCCUCCUGUGACAAAGCAGUUAUGAAGUGCUGACAAUGGAGACUCCUUCCAGAAAUGCUAAAUAAACGUCUCCUUUAGUUUAAAGUUAAGUUUAAAACAAAAAUAAAUUUAAGUACUUCAUCUAUUCUGUGUAAUUAAGAAAUUCCUAACAUUAAAAUAAGAGAAUGAAUAUAAACCUCAUAUAAAAUAAACACAUUAUUUACAAAAAUUAAACAACAGCUUCUGACCAAUUAGGAAUGAGCAUCGAAUAUCACCCACCACACACAAAAAAAAAACAAAAAAAAAACAAACUUUCAGAGUGAAAUAGACAUUAAUUAUUAUUUAAAAGUCCACUUUGGCUGAUGGACUGUAUUUAAAGUAAAGGGAACAUUGUGUACAUUUGUCUUUUGGCAAUUAAUUAAUCAAGUGAUUAAUGUAUCAUUAGCUAGUAGUUACAGGUUAUUCUAAAGCUUUUAAACGUUAUAAGGUGCUUGUUGAACUACAGGAUUAUAGCUCGCUGAGUUGCAAGCACAGUGGGUGUCUGCAUCAGCAGCUGCAAGCGAUGCAGUGCAGGGAAACCUCAGUUAUGCCUUGACCACACUACUUCCCCAUGACUUCGAUUUGAUUGGGGGAAAACGGGCAUCUUGGCAGUCUAAUCAGGAAGCAAAGGCUCCAGCUGACAUCACACUCUAUACUCGUUUACUGUUUCCCAGCAGGACAGGGUGGGGCUUCGGUGGGAAGCAGCUUGAAUUAGAAAACCUGUCACUUGCAGCACUUGAUGACUGAACAGGAAUCAGCUUGCAACAUUUUCACGUCUUAGAUCUGUCGAAGUUUGAACAGUCAUGCAUUUGAAACAAAUUUAAGAUCUUAAAAAAAAACUCUCAUGCAGCCAUAUAGAACAUGCCAAUAUGUUGAAAUUUAAACAAAAUAGUUUUUUUUUACUCAUACAUAAAAACAUGAAAGAAUUUGGCCAGAUGAUUAUAAACUGGAAACCCAGUUUGCCAUCAGUACGGUUUUUCAAUCGUGUAAUAACCAGCACCUUGUAACACAAACAUACUAGGAACUAAUCUUUGGUUUUCAUUUCCCAAGAGUCUCUAAGGACAUAGGAAUGAGUCAGCAAGUUUUGAAGCUAGAACUCAAAUUCAGUUGUUUUAGAGCUUUUUAUUUUUAUUUACGUUCAUUACAGACACUUCUAAUCAGCCAUGGCCCAACACCUGACACAGGUGUCUUCAAGGCUCUGUGAAUUUUGAUUUGAUUAUAACCUGAAUAUUCAUCAGGAUGAGUUUAGUCUCUACAAGCUGAACCAGCAUACACACACGCUGCUAACGCUCAUGAGUUUAAAUGCAUGCGCUAGACAACGUUACUGAGAUUUUUUCAUUUUUUUACACAGAUUAUUUUACACAUAUUCCCUGCUUUUUUCUUUUUUUUUUUUUAAAUAUGCCAUUGUGAUGUUUAUUAAGAUACCAUGGUUAUCUGGCAGGUGAGGGGAAGGGAUUAAACUCAAGAACAACACGCCGUUGUGUCCAAAAGUUGAAUUCAAUACAGAAACCUCUUUAUAAUAUUUGAUUAUUAACUCAUGCAUGUUGAAAGCAUGUACUCGAUACGUUUGUCAUUCGAAACAAAUAUCCAAAUUUGGAGAAAAAACAAAACAAAACAAUGAAAUUGAAAUGUUUGAAAUGUCUGAAAAAUCCCCUUGUUAAGAAAAAUGAUGCAUUAAAAUAGUCAGUUGUAAGCUUUUGAUUUUUCUUUACGAUAAACAGAGGACGUAGGUGAAGGACAGAGCUCAGAGUCACUGUGUGGUGGAUAAACAGGUCAAGAAAAACUCGCCUUCAACCCGCCAUGUUGUGCUGUUACACAGGAAGUUACUGUAUCUCCCUCCUGGAAACAGUAGAGCUGGGGAAGGGUUUAGGUUUCUUCCCACUUCCCCCCACCUCUCGAGCCGUCAGCUCUUCACCACAUCCCCUGUCUGCCAGUAUCGUUUUUGACACCAAUCUUAUUAGACAAUACAAUACUGUUAUGUAAGAGGCUCAGCAGUUUGUCUCCACACCUUAAAAUCCACAUGGAAAAUGUUUAACAGUUUGUAAUUUAUUUUCCAACAUUCCUAAUGAUGCAUUUGUUAAAAUUUGUUUUAAUGCAAAUAAACACAGCUUCCAUGA